UCAAAUCUCUCAGUAAUUAUAACAUUUUAAAUAAUUAAAUCAAGGUCAUUUUCUGGACUUUAAAAGCAGGAAACUCAGAGCAAAUUUGCUUUCUGCCUAAAAUCAGCCCUGGAUACAGGCUAUGGUAGGGUUUGUGAAAGUGCUGAAUGGCAGUUUGCUGUAGUAUGUCUUGCAAUGAAAUCGGGUGCUUCAGUGACUCCAUGUGGUUAAAAAAGGCAGCGUUGUGUGUGAAAAAUCCUGAUUCCUCCCCUUGCUUCCUCAGUACCUCCUCCCCUUCCCCAUCCCUUUCUGAUUCCUCCUCUCUAUUCAAACAACUCGUUGAAUUCCUGCCUCCUGGUUUUUAGUCUGCCUCACUGUGGCAUGGUGAAAGCAGAGAGAGGCAGAGGAAAGCUCUCCGAAAAAGCAACUGGAUGAUCAGAGGGAAGCGAGGAUCCAGGGAGGCGGUGCAGGGCUGCAGCACUUCCAAAGUCAGAGCUGCACAUUGUCCCACAUGGAGUGGAAACCAUGGAUAGAACAAUCAUCAGCUACCAACAAUUAGGAACUGCAAGGUAUUAAAGGGAAAGCAGUGGAUUGAAAAAUGAACCAGGGAUAAAACGUGCACAGGAGUGGCACACUGCUCUGUGGAUUGCAGCAGUAAUUUGCUUUUCCAUUUCGAGGUAUUGGAGAGGAUUAUCCUUUCUUCGUGGAAUUUUAAUGUGGUUUUCUUAGGAUUGGAUAGCCAAGGCUUUAUUGUGCACUGACGUGAAGGGGGGAUCUGCAAUGCCCUUUGCCAAGAGGAUUGUUGAGCCCCAGUGGCUGUGCAGGCAUGCCAUCACCCUGCCAGAGGGUAGCUGCUGCCGAGAUCAGGGAGAAGAGCACAGGCAGCAGCACCCAAGGGGUAAUGCCAGGGAAGAAUUGUCAGUGGUGGCACCUUCAGUGCAGGUGCUCUCUGAUGAAAGGGAAACAGUGCCCAGCGGUGGAAAAGAUAAAGAUGUGGUGCCCUUGGAUUUGGGUGCAUUCAACAAUGUCGCCUUAUCGCGGAUUUUGCGUCAGUUGUCGGAUAUGGCCCGACAUGCCUGCUCCCUUUUCCAUGAGAUUGAGGUGGAUAUACAGGUGGUCGCUCGGCGGGUACAAACACUGCAAGGGAAAAUUGGCAAUGUCCAGCAGAUUGUGACCAGUCUGGAUCCAAAACAGGAGACAGUGCCGGUCUCAAACCUGGAUACAGAAAGCAAACUGGAUGUGUACUACAAGUCCUCCUGGCAUCAGCAGAGGAAUAUAUUCCUGCCAAACACGAGGCCCCCGUGUGUGGAAGAGAUGCACCGCCAUGCCAAGCAGAGUUUGCGUUCAAUGCGGAGAGAGCAACGGAUCCGGGCAGAUAAUAGAGAAAGACGGUUUCAGGGCUCAAUUUUUACAGCCCCACCACUUCCCACAUACCCAGCAGUUAAUAAUCUGAAGAGACGAGAAUUAAAAGAGCGCCAUGUUGUACAAUUUAACAGAACCCGUUCGUACUCCCCUACUGAAUGUUGCCAUUUGACCCCAUGGAGUAGAAAGACUCAUCCACCUCAGGAGGAAGAUGAUCUCAAUAUAGGGCAAAGACCAAAAAACCCUAUUCCCAAUGUUCCAUCUACACUGGAUAAGCAAACGAACUGGGACAAGGAAUUACCUCUGCCCACUCCUGAGGAGAAGAUGAAACAGGAGUCCCAAGUGAUUACUUCUUGCAUUAUACCCAUCAAUGUUACUGGAGUUGGAUUUGAUAGAGAGGCGAGCAUACGCUGUUCACUUGUUCAUUCACAAUCUGUACUGCAGCGCAGAAGAAAACUGAGAAGAAGGAAAACUAUAUCAGGAAUUCCCAGAAGAGUUCAACAAGAAAUAGAUUCUGAUGAAUCCCCAGUUGCAAGAGAGCGUAAUAUUAUAGUUCAUGCCAACCCUGAGCUUGCCAGCUCUGCAAACAGGAGAUCUGGUACACGUGAUACAGAGUGCCAAACAGAUGAUAUACUCAUUGCUGCUCCAUCUCGCAGAAGAAUUAGAGCUCAAAGGGGACAGGGAAUUGCAGCAUCUCUCUCUCAUUCUGCUAGUAAUAUUGCAGCCCUAACAGAGAGUGGGGACCAGAUGUUUAAAAACACAGUAUCCAGUCGUAUUCGUUCAAGGAGUCUUCCUAGAGAAAGUGCUAGAGCAAGCAAUGACCAUGACUGCAGUGCACAAUCAUCAACGUAUGAAGAAGAUUGUUAUUUGCCCUGCACAGAAAGGACACUAAAGAAAGAUAAAGACGGUUUAACCAGUCAAGUGUCUCCAGACCACCAGCCAUUAGGGUUAACCUAUUCCCAACACCGACAUAGCCCUCAGUUACAUUUGAAUGAAAGGGGGAGAUCAAGGCUAUCAAGAAUGGCAGAUUCAGGGAGCUGUGAUAUCUCUUCAAAUUCAGAUACAUUUGGAAGCCCUGUUCACUCAAUUUCUGCAGCAGGUGUGUUGUUGAGCACACACAUUGAUCAGAAAGAUGACCAUCAGUCAUCAAGUGGAAAUUGGAGUGGAAGUAGCUCAACCUGUCCCUCCCAGACAUCAGAAACAAUCCCUCCAGCUGCAUCUCCUCCACUGACUGGAUCUUCCCACUGUGAUUCAGAGUUAUCCUUGAACACAGCUCCCCACGCUGGUGAAGAUUCUAAUGUUUUCAUCAGUGAACAAUACAGUGAUGACCACAUAGACAGCAUAAGAGGUCACAGAACCAGUUCCUUUACAUCCACAGUCGCUGAUCUGCUUGAUGAUCCAAACAACAGUAAUACCAGUGACAGUGAAUGGAAUUACCUUCACCAUCACCAUGAUGCUUCAUGUCAUCAAGAUUUUUGUCCACAACACUUAAAGACAGACCAUUUAGCAUGCCCUAGUUUUACCAGUAUGGGCACGUAUGAUAGCUUUCUUGAAAAACCUGCAUCUGAAAAAGCAGAUACAGGUUCACAUUUUUCUGUAGAUACUGAUGGAUAUUAUACCUCCAUGCAUUUUGACUGUGGUCUCAACACUAGUAGGAGUUAUAUUUGUAACUAUGCACCAACAAGGUCAGGAAGUGAUCAAGGUCCUGGUGUUUCUUCUAUUAAUACAGAUAAUGCUUGGCAAUGUUAUAUUGAUCAAGGUUAUGAAGGGAACCAAAACAUCUCAUUUAAGAAACCAAAGGCAAAGCCUCCACCACCAAAACGUAGUUCAUCUUUAAGAAAAUCUGACAACAACACAGAUAUUCUUGAGAAGAAAGAACCAAAGAUAGUCUGUGGUCAGCAGAAAGUCAUUCACACUUCCAGGGAAAUUAAGCUGCCACUUGAGAUGUCUAAUAUUCCUUUACGAGUGGAAAACUUUGCUACACCAAAUCAACGAGAAAUUCCAUGGGUUAAUCAGGAUGACAAUGAUUUGAAGAACACUCAAUUUCUAGCCACAGAUAUUCCUUCUUUUAAACAUGACAGUGGAGAGCAGUCUCACUAUGCUGAUCUGUGGCUCCUCAAUGACUUGAAAACAAGUGAUCCUUAUAGGUCAUUAUCAAACUCAAGCACUGCUACGGGUACUACAGUCAUUGAAUGCAUUAAGUCACCAGAAAGUUCAGAGUCCCAGACGUCACAGUCUGAAUCCAGAGCAACUUCACCAUCACUUCCUUCUGUUGAAAAUGAGUUCAAGUUGUCUUCUCCAGAGAAGUUUGCUGGCUUAGCUUCACCCUCAAGUGGUUACUCUAGCCAGUCAGAAACCCCUACAUCCUCCUUCCCCAUGCCUUUCUUUUAUGGGCCCCUUUCCCCAGGUGGUAACAAACGAAAGCCAAAAGUUCCAGAAAGAAAAUCGUCUUUGCAACAUCCAUCUACCAAAUGUGGUAAUGUAUUAGGAGGCAAUGAACUGGAGCUUCCAACUAUACCUCCUACCCAUCUUGACCUAAGUGCUCUUCAUGUUUUACAUAAACCAUUACCCUACAGACCACAGAUGCAUGCUUUCAGUCAUAAUAAUAUGUCAGAUGAUCAGUUUGACUUGAAUUCUUCACCAGCACUUGCCAUUACACCAUCUGUACUUAAAUCUGUCCAUCUCAGAUCUGUCAACAAGCAAAAUAAAAAGUCAAAGCAAAGAGAAACCUACAAUAUUGUAUGCUCGCAGGAUCCCACAAUAACAGUGGAUACCUAUACCACAGAAAAAACAAUUGCAACAUCAGCUAGAAAAUCAAUUUUGCGUCAGUUUUCUACAGAGGAAGCCAUCCUACCAUAUAUGGAUCCCUCACCAGUUGACACCAGUCCAGAAAGUAUGUUUUUUGACAAGUGUGCAUUGUUCACUGGUGAUGGAAUAUACAGACAGGAAAAAGGUACAAAUAUAUUUGGAGUCACUAAAGAACCUUGGACUAAUGAAAUUGUACAAGAAACUGUGUUUUUAGCACAGCCAGAGACUACUACAACAACUUUUCAAGAGUACUAUGAAAGAAAGAACUGUAAUGAGAUAGCAGUUGAGCAAAGUGGCCACACUCGAGAGCAUAAUCAACUUAAGUUUACCCAAGACAUACAUAUACAGGAUGAUGUAAUGACUAUACCAGAACCUGUAAAAGAAAUGACUCCUGGGUUCACAUUGCAAGAAAAUGCUGCUGAGACAUUUGUAAUGCCUGACAAUGAGUCAGACUUGAGCAACAAUUAUAAAGUGCCUGGAAACACGCUCAGCUUUGUAUCAGAACUCCCCACUGUAUAUUCACUCAGCGAUGAAUGUCCAGAGCAGGAAUCUGAAUUUGUAUCAGGAAUUCCAACCAAAAGUGCCUCAGAGGACAACAGAUAUUAUGAUCCAUCUGAAAACAUGGAAGACACCUCCGGGAAAGAAUCAUCUCAGAGUGAGGACUACCUAAUUUCACCAAUGAGUGAUGACUCACAGGCAGACACAGAUGAUGCGUUUGUGUCCCCUAACAAACCUCGUACAACGGAGGAUCUUUUUGCAGCUAUUCACAGAUCCAAACGAAAAAUACUUGGAAGAAAAGAUUCUGGGGACACCACUGUGAAAAACAAAUCAAGGCCAUUAACUGGGAGCACUGGGGCCACUGCUGUCUCUCAAAAGUCUCCUGGCCCGAUCUACAGGAGUGCCAAAAAAUCCAAUACAUCCAAUGAAGAAUUUAAGUUGCUACUUUUGAAAAAGGGCAGCAGGUCAGAAACCAGCUACCGCAUGUCUGCUACUGAGAUUUUGAAAAGCCCAGUAACACCUAAAUCCCUUGGUGAUCUAGCACUUGACUCCUCCUCAAGCUCUGAAGAGGGUUGUCAGUUAUCACCUGGUAGUGAUGCAUUCUCACCAUUAUCCCCUUGUUCUCCUCGUGUAAUAUCUGAGGGCUUUUCUGCGAAAAGUGGAACUAUGUCUGCCGCCUCAAGAGUGGGAAGGUCUAGAGUGCCCCCUGCUGCAAGCAGCAGUCGUUACAGUGUCAGGUGUCGUUUUUACAAUGCUCCAAUGCAGGCCAUAUCAGAAGGAGAGACAGAAAACUCAGAUGGUAGCCCUCAUGAUGACAGGUCCUCACAGAGCUCAAUGUAAGAAGAAUAUUUCCUGCUUCAUGUUAAAUUAUAUUUGUACCAGCCCACAUCUAUUAUGGUAAAAUAUUGCUCGUUGAAAAUCAUAAAUAUGUCAGAACAUGUCCCUGACCAUGUCCCAGAAUUCAUUGGAAAAACAUAGGUGAAUUGUAUGUACUGCUUAUUGCACCAGAAUUCUGUUUUCUGAUGAACUAUUUCAUUUGCCAUAUAAACUUGAUUGAAGAAUCUGGAUCAGACAACAAACAAACUGCAAAAGGCACAUACAUCCCAUCAAGGAUUUAAAGAAAACUAGCAGACAAACAACAGCAACAAAAAGACUGUGAUUAUAUUAGUGCAAGUAUUUGUCAUUUAUCAUUCCCACCAAUAAGAACACAUUCUGUUUUAACAAGUUUUUUUAACUUCAGAUUCUUAGUAUUAACUACAUAUAUAAAUCCACUUUAAGGGAGCGAAAAACAAAAAUAAUAUUAUUAUGGAAACAAUACUCAUAUAAUUGUAAAAACAUAUAUUGCUAAAGUGCUUCCCUGGAAAUCAAAAAGAUUGGAAACAGUAAAUAAACCUUGAAUAUACAUAUUUUUGUACAAAUUCAGGAAAAACAGAAAGUGGAUUUUAAAGAAGCUAAGAUAAAAAAACUGUAAAUACCAUAUUUUUGAUAAAACUGUAAAUAGGUAUAUGUAAUUUAAAGUGUAUAUGCAGCUAAUGAAUAAAAGACAUUAGAAUUUCUAAAGAGUGUUUUACUCUGUCAGUGAUAUAUAACUUGUUGAAGCACUAAAAAUAUUAAAAAUAACUAACUAAAAGUUAAUGUUGAUGAAAAGAAUGAGAAAGUAAUUGUAUUCUGUGAAUACCAUUGUCAUAAUCUGCAUCAUUGUAAAUCAUACCCAUUACUAACUAUGAGCCUCAAAUUUGUUUAUGUAAAAUUUUAGAAAACAGUGGCCUGCUUUUUAAGGUGUUAACAUAUAAAACCCAUUUGACAGUA